AUGCCCAGUCAGAAGCUUGAAUUCACCAAACAAGAGCCCUCGUUUCUGCGUAGACUUCGUGAAGAACAUGGAGGUCCGCGAAAUAAUGUGCAGGCUCCGAGGCCGAAGAAAGAUCGACUGCGGACUGGCGACGACGAUGAAGAUGAGCCAGUGAUAGUUGAUGAGUCCGGCGAAAAUGUGGUCGCGAAGGAGGAGUGGGAGGGAAUGCUAAAGCGCGAGAAGGAAGGAGUCGAGGCCGAGGCUGGGAGAGACGAUGACGUCGAGAAAGCGGACGAGGCAGUCGCGAGUGCUAUGGCUAAGGAGGUACAGAAGGCAGAGAUAGGAACGACGAAGAAACGAAAGGUUGUGAAAGUGAUUGGGCAGGAAGAACCGGCAGAUACGCCAAAGAGCAAGCGCGACGAUCAGUCAGCGACGACCACCAGCGACGGCACGGACAAAGCCCAAGCAGUCCCAGAGCCAUCGAAGCCGAGGAAGAAGGCGAAGAAAAUCAAGCUUUCGUUUGACGACCCCGACUGA